CUUUUGACACUGACAGUGACAGGUAAACGUCACAGUGACAACUGACAAUGACAAUUUAGGUGACACUCGCAAAUAUCACGAAUUCUUGACUAUCAAAUUUGGAUAUUUAGUUAAUUUAAAUAUUAAAAAUGUCUUACAUUAUAGGCCCAAAUGUCGUCAGAUAUUCUUGCACUUGUGGUCUACUUAAACCAAUAUCCUUUUUAUAUUUUUGUAGAUAUUGUACACAACUUCGUUGCAGUUUCUGUGUUUGUCAUGAGGUCGAUUCGAAUUUCUGUGGAAAAUGUUCCGAGAACAUUCCCUCAUCAGAGGCUCGAGUGAAGAAAAAUCGAUGUGGAAACUGUUAUAUGUGUCCCAGUUGCGAACAGGAACUCUCUCCUAGAAUUGCUUCGACCAAGGCACCUGCAGAAGGUGAAGAAAAGGUUUCAACGAAGAAAAUGUACUAUUUGUUCUGUCAGUUCUGCAGGUGGAGUUCUAGAGAUGUUGGAAUACCUGACCAAUCUAGUGUAACAGGAGGUUGGCCAGAUAGGGAGAACAUUCAUGCCAACAGGCUGCAAGAAUUAUUAGAUCUGUACAAGGCUAUUGUAUUGGCACAAAAGCAACAACAAGAAAAAGAUAAGAAACAAAGAGGGAAAUAUAUCAGUUAUACAGAUAGAACUGGUGUAACUGCAGCAGCACUACGUAAGAGAAUAGGCUUACCUGCUGACUUAACACACCCUCUCUUAAAAUCGAGACCAAAAGAACCUGAACCAAUGAUAGCACAAACUGAAGUUGAAAAACUUCCUGAUGAUAUUUUCACCAAACCAAUAAAUUUAAUGGAUAUUACCACAAUUGAACAAAGACUGCUUCAACCUGAGUCUCAACCUACUACCGUAGAUAAGUUAUUUCCUGUUCACAAGCAGCUCUCUAUCAAACGUACUUUAAGAUGUAAAACUUGCGAACACAAUGUUAGCAAACCUGAGUAUAAUCCAAGCUCUGUCAAAUUUAAGAUACAACUAUUUGCUUAUUAUCACAUACCAGAAAUCCGUAUUGUAACAGUAGAGCCGCUUAGAGCUGGAAGACCUUGUGAGUUAAUUCUGAAGUUUACUAAUCCCACCCAGCAUCAAACCACUAUCAGUUUCUUCGAACUUAAUUUAGAUGAACAGGAAGAUAUAGUUGAAAACAAACUUACAGAAGUUGUUGAAAAUGUAGAGCAACUGAGCCUUCAAGAAAAACAACCAAUGUCUUUAACCAGCCAACCCAGUAGUUCUUUGACGCUGUCAUCAAGGUCACCUUCGAUCAUAAUAAAACCAAGAAAAAUUAUGGAAUAUAUGAAUUGUAACAUUGAAAUUCCUGAAAGUACUUUUGUUUUACCACCGAGGGAUGAUGCUGCUGAAUAUGAUGAUUCUGGAGAAACUCAUAAUAUUCAUGAUGAUCCAAAAUUAGUAAAAUGGAGAAAAUCUAACAAAGCUUUCAUUAAACUAAACAUAACUCCAGAUGAAAGCUUACCUUUGAACGCAGAAGUUGUGUGCGGGUUUAUUAUGCAACAUGUUUAUACAAAUACUAUCACUGGUCAGCUAGAAAAGAAGGAACCUCAAAAAUACGACCACAAGGUUAAAGUGUUUUUGACUCUUGGACAGACUGUAGGGUCUGAAUAAAUCUAUAUUGAUUAAGAAAAAAAAAAUGUUAUGUUGCUUAUUAUUUUUAAUAUCAAGCUUAUGAUAAUGUAUGUAUAACUUUGUUUUAUUUAUAAAAAUAUUUAUAACACUUAAUAAAAACUCUUUUUUAUAACAA